UCAGCAGCAAUGUUCCUUAUGCCCUGCUCGUAUCAUGUUUGCACAAGUCUGAAUAAAAAGCCGUCAGUUGUCAGCUGUAAGCACAAUUAUCCGCCAAGAUGCUCCCUGCAAAGUUGACUGUCAUUGCCUUCCUGGCUACAGUUUGGUGCUGUGCAUCACAUACAGAAAGUUUCUUCAGCGUGGCAUGUCCUGGUGAAAACAACAUUCUGGAAUGUCCCGACAAUCACUUCAUCAUCAUUGAGAAAAUGGAGUACGGUAAAGCCAGUACUAUCAACUGUGGAGACACAACCCAACCCACUACAGUCCGAGGCGAUAUCUGCAUCCAUCCCCUCAUGAGAGGAUGGAUCCGGUUUAUAUGUGAUGGUCUUCAGCGCUGCCGUCUUCCAAAGCCAGACCCUCAAAUGUUCGUGUGUGACAAAUCGGACAACUUUGUACAGAUCAAAUAUAAGUGUUUCGAUUACCCGUCCGUGGUGCAGAAUGGAGAAUUGUGUUGUUGCGAUGUUGUGCUUCUCCUGGGCCCUUGGUGGAUCAAUUUCUUGAUACAUACACACCCGGCAGAGGAGAUUUCAAGAGAGGAGGUUUUGUUGUGGUUCAAAAACCGCAUUCUGGAUGCUUUGGAUCUGCAGGGACCACCACAGGGUCAUGAGCUGGCAUCCAUUAACUCAUCCUGUGGCAGAUCUGACACACCUGAACAGAACAGCUUCAAAUAUUACAAAUAUUUUUUCAGCCAUCUGGAACUGCUGACGUCGGCCCAGUUCUGGUUCUAUGCUGACAGAGGAGUCCCAGCGAGCUACCCGACCAAACUUAUACUCACGUUAGAAGGGCAGCUUUUCCACACGGCCGAUGCGCUGUCAAAGAGCAGCCCAGAUGGAUGGACAACCUACAUCUUGGACCAGGAUCUGUUGGCCCCGGCUUGCAGUCCUUUCCGGCUCCAUUUUGCCUCGGCCCUUAAGCCUCAAAGCACACGAGGACCAUUCUUGCGAUCACGCAGUGGUGAGCCCGUCCCUGGAUCCAUGACGUGAUCGCACAUCACCACCACAUCUGAUGGCAGCUACUCCUUCAUCCAUGAAAUGUUGCCCAAUACCAUACCAGAAAUAUGCACCUGCACCUAAAAGUGCAUGUUUGAAUGGGCAAGUCACCUACAUAGACAAAACAUUAUAGCCAGCAUGCUGGGUUUGCAACCAUUUCACUUUUAUUCCAAGGGUGUCAAACUAAUUGCCCCCACCCCACCCAGGCCUCGUUUUAAAUUGUUUUCCCGUUCACAGAUCCAUUAUAACUGUGAAACUAUAUUACACUCUUCGUAUUGAGAGCAUAUUGAAAGCAGAUGGUAUCGAUGGAAUUUCAAUUAUUGCAGAAUUUAUUUUAAAAUAGUAGUUUAUUUAUGCAACAGCGUGAUAUAAUUUCGUAGUGCACACCAAGGUUCAUAAAAACAUUGGUGCAGUAGUACAGUAUGAAAGAACUUGACUUAAUCCAUACUUCAGUGCUAUUUAACCUGAGACUACAAGAAAAGUUUUUUGUUUUUUUUUGUCAUUUUUGCAAAUUUUCACCUCGUGUCAACAUUAGAUGGCAGUGUAACUCAUCUUGUGGAGCGCUUUGCUUCCUUGUUACAAGCCCACAAUAAAAACAGUACAACUUUCGGUUCAAAUAGAUUUACUCUCAAGAUGCAAAAAAAAAAAAAAAUAAAAAUAAAAUCUAGAAAUAGAAAACUAUUGUAUGCAACAAUAUUUUUUGGAAUGUAGCGUACAACUCAAGGGCAAACACUUGGCAUGAGAAUUGAUUGAUUGAAAUUGACCAUCUUUUCAAACAAGACACCAAAAAGCAAUUGCGAAGCUAAGAAUGUGCUGACCUCCACAGGACUCCAAAAACAAAAGUGGGUGUUAGCUGCUGACUGCAGGGAGAGGUUUUGUGAAUAAGCAUCCGUGCUGGACCAUGAACAAGGGCCGCAUAUGUUGGGGAUGGAAAAUCAUGUCUCACCCAGGAGGAAUGCAUUUAAGCAUGAUUUAGUUGGCACUGCUGAUAGCCACAAAGUUCAAUGAGGUCUAGCCGAUAAGCCACCCCAAACCUCUUAAAAAAAAAAAAAAAAAAAGUCACUGUAUUUCAAACCUUCGGCAAGGAUGACAUUGAAU